AUGAAGAACCAGACUGUCCUAACAGAGUUCAUAUUCGUUGGUCUAACGAAUUCCCUUGGAUUACAAACACUUCUCUUUUGGGUAUUCAUAUUCAUCUAUGUUAUGGCUCUAGCUGGCAAUUUCCUCCUCAUCUUUACCAUAUGGAGAUGCAGGAAACUCCACACUCCCAUGUACUUCCUGCUCGUCAAUUUGUCGUUCGUGAAUGUGUUUUCUAUCUCCAUUACAACUCCCAAACUCAUCCAGACUCUUUUGGCCCAUCAAAAGACUAUCUCAUUUUAUGGCUGCAUCACACAGGUGUAUCUGUUCAUCUGGGCUUUGGGAACUGAACUUCUACUUCUGUCGUUUAUGGCAUUUGACCGCUAUGCUGCUAUCUGCCACCCUUUGCAGUAUACAAUCAUUAUGAGGAAAGAAGUGUGCAUUGUGAUGGCAACCGGAGUUUGGGUUGCUGGGAUGAUCAAUUCAGCAGUUCAUGCUGGACUUAUGUUACAGUUGUCGUUUUGCGGCUCCAACAUCAUCAACCACUUUUUCUGCGAUGUACCACCACUUUUAAAGCUCUCUUGCUCAGACACUAGCCUUAAUGAGACUAUGGCAUUUGUUGCAGAUGUGAUCGUUGGUAUCGGUAGCUGUGGGUUGACCCUAACAUCCUAUUGGUUUAUCUUGAGAGCUAUCUUCCGAAUCCGCUCCACUGAAGGAAAGAAGAAAGCUUUCUCGACGUGUUCUUCCCAUCUCAUUGUUGUCAGUUUUUACUUUGCAGCUGUCAUCUACACGUAUAUCAGGCCUACCUCAGUAUACUCUUUGGACAAUGACAAGCUAGUUUCCCUGCUUUAUUCGGUGGUAACCCCAGUCGUCAACCCCAUCAUAUACUCCUUGAGAAACAAAGAGGUCAAGGAGGCACUCAAAACACUCACUGGAAGAAGUCGCCUGCUUCAGAGAACGGAAGACUGA